UAGUGUCCAAGCGAACACGGAAGUACGUGUGAGUGUUCCUCUCACUUCAGCGCCGCCUUCGUUUCUGAUGAACCUAUAGCAUUAGUGUCGUGAACAUCAGAGGUCCCUGGUUCGGCUUGAAAUUAGGUGGUGUAAUGCCGUUCAAGAAAAGAUCAAAGGUGACGAAUGGGAAAAGUGACAAGUGAAGAUUUGAUGGGUAUGAAAUAUGGCCUUGUUGCAAUGUAUCUUCAUCAUCCAACAACAAGAGAUGAAAAUGUGUUGACAAGACAGGAUUGAAGAAAAGAGGAGGAAAGGAGAGCAGAGGUGGCGCAGAUUGGAGGACAUUUCCAGGAAUAGAUGAGUGGAGCCGAGAGAGUGAAAGAAGAAGAAAAGGGGAGGAAAGGAGAACAGAGUGAUCAGGAGUGGAUCAAAUAAAAUACUAAUGAUGGAGACGGAGAAAAAGUUGAUUCAAAAUAUGACGCAGGCACUGGAUGAUUUUUUUUUUUUCCUGGGCAACUAUCAUUUUUUCCCCAAAUGAUGUUCAAAUGGCUUGAUUCAGUAAAUAGUACAUGUAGCUGCUGUGACUGGGGAAAAAAUUCCCGGAACUCUGACCCACCAUGGGAAACACAUCAUCAAAGAGUGGCAGCGGAGAGGAACCGGUUAAAACAAUCUUGUUUGAACAAGAGCAGCCAAGUGGGAUAACAUACAGAAUUCCCGCUCUCAUUUAUCUGCAGCACAGUCACACCUUCCUUGCUUUUGCAGAGAAAAGGUCCUCACCUUCUGACCAAGAUGCCAAAAUUCUUGUUAUGAGAAGCGGAACAUUGAAAGAUGAUGGAUCUGUUCAGUGGUCCUCCAGUCAGGAGCUGUCAACAGCACGUCAACCGGGCUGCCGCACCAUGAAUCCUUGCCCCGUGUAUGAAAAAAACAGCAGAACAUUGUUUUUAUUUUUCAUCUGCGUCCUGGAAACCAUCACAGAAAAAUACCAGGUAAUCACAGGUACAAACCAGGCACGGCUUUGCUGUGUUAGCAGCAGUGAUGAUGGACAAACUUGGACAUCAGCAAAAGACUUGACAGAGAGUGUAAUUGGCGAAACUAUCCAUAAGUGGGCCACGUUUGCUGUGGGUCCUGGCCACGGUGUUCAAAUGGAAAAUGGCAGAUUGAUCAUCCCAGCAUACGCCUAUUACGUCCCUUACAGAUGCUGUUCCUUCCCCAUUCCUUGUACAGUCUACCCACAUGCACUGGCUAUUUAUAGUGACAACGGUGGGGAGACAUGGCACAUGGGUGAGAUGCUUCAAAAAUAUUCAUGUGAAUGUGAAAUGGCAGAGAUCAUAGACCACGAGGGCAGGUCUUAUCUUUACUGUAAUGCUCGUAACAAUGGUGGGAUCAGAUGUGAGGCCCUGAGUGAAGACAGCGGCAAGUAUUUUGACAAACCCCACAUGGCCUCAGAGCUCGUCGAACCACCUUCCGGCUGUCAAGGCAGUGUCAUUGGCUUUCCUGCUCCUGAAUUUUUCCCAAAUGAUGACGCCGAGAGCAAAGCUUGUGGCACAUCGCUCUUGUCUCCAGACACACAAACCUGGCUCCUCUUCAUGCACCCAACCAAUAAGUGUAGUAGAAGGGACAUGGGCGUGUAUUUGAACCGAUCCCCCCUGCACUCUUCCGGUUGGGACAGGCCCAGGAUCAUCAACAGCGGACCCAGUGGCUACUCAGACCUGGCCUACAACAGCGACAAGGAUCAGUUUUCGUGCGUGAUAGAGUGUGGGAAACAGAGUGAAAACGAGCAGAUUGCCUUCAUGUCGUUUACCCUUAAUGAUGUCAUGCAGACAGGUAGUAAGAGAGAGAAGAAGAUGCGCAACCUAAAAAUCUAAGCAGAAGCCACUAAAUAAGCUGUGCAGUUACAUCUGUCUGUGUUUACUGUUGUUCUACAUUCUGGAGAUGAUAAUGCAUGAGUCUUGUGUUUUGUUGUCUCCUUGUUUACAUGAAAAUGUAAUUCAAGUCCCUAUAGUAUUAAUAUGCAACCAGCUGUAUCAGGAAGGAAACCAUUUUUUAAAGGUAGGGUGGUUGAUGUAAGCAUGCUGUGCUGGGCUGUCAUUUUUAAAACAGGCUUUGUGUGUAGCAUGUUUGACAAGCACUUCAUCCCCAUUUCUGCAACUUAUUAGACUGUCAGUACGGCUGAGCAGAGCAGAGCUGAGAGUUUGCCUACCUCUUUUUAUUUUCAUAUGAAGAUCAUAGCAGGCCUUGUAAAGUGGAGCGUAGAGUAUCCUCCAUGCUCAGUCUCUCUUUUACAUUUAGUAUUCUCUGAUUCACAUAUGCCUUCUACUCCACUGUUUAAACUUAAGCCGUGCCACAGCCUGUCAGCGCACAACCUUUUCUGUAGGUCACAGUGGGGGCCGAAAAGUUGACAACAAAAACUGGACUGAAAAGAUAAAUAUUCACUUUUUACUUGCCAGCUAAUCAAGGAAGAGACCAACUAAACUGUACCAGCUAAUGGAUUGAAAGAGAUUAUGUACCUUCAGCAAGCUACUGUCAAGAGCAUUUGUGUUACUUUGUAAUGUACACUGGUUUUUAUUACUUUCAUGUCCAAAAGCUUUAUAUCACUUUGCAACAUUAUUUACUUGUUAAUUUUCAGUUCCCCAGUGUAUUUAAUAUGAUUUUCAGGACACACUUUUUUUUCCUGGCAUAGUUAAAUAAGUGCAGUAUUACGACCAGGUAUGAUUGAUUGGCUGUAGGUUAUCACAUGAGAGCAUGAUACAGCCGAUGAAGAUUAACUAUUUAUAAAGCUACUAGGAAUUUGCACACCUUGUACUGAGCGGUUUUAACAUCCCUCUUUGCCUAAUGUUGUGUGGCAAAAUGCCUCGAGGUGACUUGUUUCAUUGUCUUUUUGUUGACUAUUGUGGAAAGUGACAAAACCUGCAUGAAACGUGUAUUUUAGUAGAAAAUAAAAGUAACCUGUG